AUGUCCGAGGAGUGCGUCCGCAUAGUGCCCGCGCUCACCAAUAUCCUCUCAGGGCUAAAGGACACGACAAGGCUGGUGGCGUUCGUCGCCGACCUCUUCGGGGCCGACUCCUUCGACGCCGCGGUGGCCGCCGGCGUGGCGAGGCGGUGCCUCUUCUUCCCGACCAACCUCCACGUGCUCACCCUCAUCCUCCACCUCCCGGAGCUGGACGCCUCAAUCCCCGGCGAGUUCCGAGACCUCGCGGAGCCCGUCAGGCUGCCCGGCUGCGUGCCCAUACCGGGGCCCGACAUCCUCUCGCCGCUCCAGGACAAGUCCAACCCCUGCUACCGCUGGAUGGUGCACCACGGCCGGCGCUACCGCGACGCCGAGGCCAUCCUCGUCAACUCCUUCGACGCCGUCGAGCCGGACGCCGCGCGGAAUCUCCGUACACCACAACCCGGCCGCCCUCCGGUGUACACCAUCGGCCCGCUCAUAAAGACCGACGCCGCCGACGCCACGGAUGACAAAAAAGAGCCGCGCGCGGCGUGCCUUGACUGGCUCGACCGGCAGCCGCCGAAGUCGGUCAUCUUCGUCUCCUUCGGCUCCGGCGGCUCGCUUCCGGCGGAGCAGAUGCGGGAGCUGGCGCUGGGGCUGGAGCAGAGCGGACAACGCUUCCUAUGGGUGGUGCGGAGCCCGAGCGACGAGGGCGCCGUGAACGCCAACUACUACGACGCGGAGAGCAAGAGGGACCCGCUGCCCUACCUCCCACAGGGGUUCGUCGAGCGCACCAAGGAGGUAGGCCUCCUCGUGCCGUCGUGGGCCCCGCAGAUAAAGGUGCUGGCCCACGAGGCCACGGGGGGCUUCCUAGUGCACUGCGGGUGGAACUCGGUGCUGGAGAGCCUGGCGCACGGCGUGCCGAUGGUCGCGUGGCCCCUCUUCGCCGAGCAGCGGCAGAACGCGGUGGUGCUGAGCGAGGGGGUCGAGGGCAAGGGCGCUGAGGUGCGGGCCAAGGUGGCGGAGCUGCGGAAGGCGGCGGCGGCGGGCCUCUGCGAGGGGGGCGCCGCCACGACGGCGCUGGACGAGGUGGUGCGCAAGUGGACAGGUGGCGGGGACGAGUAG